AUGAGCGCUGUCAAAACACCUGCCCUUAGGCUCCGAAGCUUCCUCAGUUUUUUGGUAAUAUUAGUGGAGGGGUGGCAUGAUCUGGAUAACAAAGACUAUGAUUGUUGGCCCCUGGAAAAACCAGAUGAGUAUAACAUGCUAGAUUGUGGAGGCUUGGAAAUGGCAUGGAUCCAAAGGCCUCCAGAAAAAGCUGUGAGUGGGGAGUUCUUCAGCGUGACCUAUACAGUCUUUGCUUCUGACGGCUUUUAUCAAUAUGCUGUGCAAAAUGGAAUCCUUUCUCACAGGUAUGAUCUCCUCAAUGCUACCGCUGCAAGGGAAUUCUGCGAGGAGCAGGAGUGCCCUGCCAACUGGAAAGAUGCAAGUGAGGAAAACUGCUGUGUCCAUCAUGCCAACAUUCACUCCUGUCCUUUAGCCUUCAUGGGUAAAGGAGGAAUAUGUGGUCCAUGGAUUCCAGAUGAUGGCCAGAUAUUCACCCACACCUUGUCUACAGCUGGUAAAAUGAGUCAAAGAAACUGGACUGCCAAGGUUGUUUUGGUUCACGUGGGUGUGACUUCUCUCAUUGCACACAUCAGAGUUGGGAGAAUGCAGGUUGCUCUGGAAGCAAAAACCACAGUCCUUCCUGCAGUAGUCUGUGGAGAUGGCUUCUGUGAGGAAGAGGAAGGCUGCUCCACCUGCCCAGCUGAUUGUGGGGAAUGCCCCCUGUCUGCUGAUGCCAGGAUAGCAAUUGCCUUACCAACAUGUCUAGUCUGCGUUAGCUUCAUUUUGACUCUCAUGUGGUUUCAGUAUCAGAAACAGAAGAUGUUUUGGGAUGAAAGCUGGAUUAUAGACUUCACCUCCAUCAAACAAGGAUUUGUGCUGUGGAUCAUGGAAGGUGAUGGUAGAACAGUGGCCGUAAAGAAAAUAAUGAAGAAAUCAUUUAAUCUGUCGAAAUCCAUACGUAAGGAGGUAAAGCAAGUGAGGGAACUUGACCAUCUCAAUCUCUGCAAAUUCAUUGGUGGUUGCAUAGAGGUGCCAAAUGUUGCCAUAGUGACAGAAUACUGCCCAAAAGGCAGCCUGCGUGAUGUUCUCCUCAAUGAAGACAUCCCUUUGAACUGGGGCUUCAGGUUUUCUUUUGCUACUGACAUUGCCCAAGGAAUGGCCUGCCUCCACCAGCAUAAAAUGUAUCAUGGACGAUUGAAAUCUAACAACUGUGUGAUAGAUGACCGAUGGGUUUGUAAAGUUGCAGAUUAUGGUUUGCAAUCAUAUAGAAAAGAAGAUUCUUCUGAGGGGUCCAGGACAUGCCAGCAGCAGCUAAUACAGAUUUAUAUAGCUCCUGAGACCCAUUCCUUUUCAGACUUUGAACCCACUUCUAUGACAGAUGUGUACAGCUAUGCCAUCAUUUUACUAGAAAUUGCCACAAGAAGUGACCCUGUGCCAGUAAGUAAAAAUGAACUUUGAACUGAAUAUUCUUGGUGUCCACCUUUGGCAGAAUUAAUUUCAGGAAAGGCUGAGAAUUCUUGCCCAUGUCCCACAGAUUACAUAGAGUUAAUCAGGAGGUGCAGAAAAAACAACCCAUCCCAAAGGCCUACAUUUGAACAGGUCAAAAAGAUGUUGUACAAGAUGAACCCUAAUAAAGUUAGCCCUGUUGACAUGAUGAUGACUCUGAUGGAGAAAUACAGCAAACAUCUGGAGAUACUAGUUUCUGAGAGAACCCAGGAUUUAAUGUACGAAAAACAAAAGACUGAUCGUCUGUUGCAUAGUAUGUUGCCAAAGCAAGUAGCAGAUGAUCUCAGGCAGGGAAAACAUGCACAAGCUCAAAGUUAUUUGAGCUCCACCAUCUUUUUCAGUGACAUUGUUGGCUUCACUGAGCUGUCCAGCAGCAGCACACCUUACCAAGUGGUAGAUCUCCUGAACAAGCUUUAUACCACUUUUGAUGAAAUCAUAGAUAACUAUGAUGUCUAUAAGGUGGAGACAAUAGGAGAUGCCUAUAUGGUAGUGUCGGGGGUACCCAGAGAGAAAGGAAUCCUUCAAGCUGGUGAGAUCGCAAGCAUGGCCUUAGACCUGGUGGCUGUCUGCAAGACUUUUAAGAUCCCACAAAAGCCUAACACCCUCCUAAAGAUAAGAGCAGGAAUUCAUUCAGGUGCAGUUGUAGCAGGAGUUGUGGGGACCAAAAUGCCACGAUACUGUUUAUUUGGAGAUACUGUGAACACAGCUUCCAGGAUGGAAUCCACCAGUGAAGCUCUUAAAAUACAAUGCAGUUCAAGUACACACCAGCUGUUGGAGCAGAUCGGAGAGUAUGUGUUAGUAUGCCGUGGGAAUUUACAAGUCAAGGGAAAAGGAGACAUGGUAACAUACUGGCUAGAAGGGAAGAAAACCUCUGCCACCCAGAAUGCAGUCCCCAGCACUUCCGUGACUCAUCUAGACCCUGGCAGAGCUUCGUUUAGUCUGAUACCGGGUGUCCUUCCCAGGGAUCCUCUAUAA